AUGUGGCUCCUCCUGAUCUUCCUGGUGAACAAAAGAGUUACUCUGAGCUGUCCUGCAAGUGAUGCCUUCCCUGUCCCUCAUGAGUGGUACCAGCCUGGUGACCUCAUCAUUGGUGGGAUGGUAUCUCAAAUUGUUUACUAUUUUACUGAAAAUCAAUUUAAGGAACAUCCUUCUCUAAAACCUUAUGACUUACCCUUCAUAAUAACCAAAUUCUACCAGCACGUCCUUGCCUUGGCCUUUGCUGUGAAGGAGAUCAAUGAGGAGUCCCAGAUCUUACCUAACAUCACUCUCGGGUUCCACAUCUAUGACAGCUACUACAAUCCAAGGAUGACCUACCGCACCACUCUGGACCUGCUCUUCAAAUCCAAGAAAUUUGUCCCCAACUACAAAUGUGACAGCCAGAAAAAUCUCAUGGCCAUCAUUGGAGCAAUUGCAUCUGAUACUUCAUCCCAUAUGGCCGAAAGUAUAAAUGUCUACAAGAUCCCACAGUUGACCUAUGGCUCUUUUCCCCAAGAAGAGUUUCAGACUACUAAGUUAUCUGCAUUUUACUGUAUGGUCCCAAUUGAGGACCAUCAGUACAUUGGAGUUAUACAACUUCUUCUCCGUUUUGGAUGGACAUGGAUUGGAGUCUUUGCUUUUGAUAAAUCACCCUCAAUGAGCAGUGAGACUUGCAGUGGAGAAGAGAAUUUGGAGAAUCUGCCAGGGCCUCUGUUUGAGUUGCAGAUGACUGGCCAAAGCUAUAGCAUUUACAAUGCUGUGUAUGCAGUGGCACAUUCUUUGAAGGAGACAGUGAGAUCACGAUCCAAACAGAGAGAGAUUCCAGGGUUUGAAUUUCCAGAUCUGCAGCCUUCGCAGAUGGAAGAUUGUUUCGAAUGUCCUGAAGAACAGUAUCUAAGCAAGGAGCAAGAUCAUUGCAUCACCAAAAGAACAACUUUCCUGUCUUAUGAGGAACCUUUAGGGAUCUCUUUGGCAUCAGCUGCUGUUGCUUUUGGCUUGAUAACAGCCUGGAUACUUGGAACUUUUAUUAAAUCCAGGGAUACUCCCAUAGUAAAAGCCAACAACCAGGACCUCACUUACACUCUCCUAGGGUCUCUUUUGCUCUGCUUCCUCUCUUCCUUUUUAUUCCUCAGCCAACCUGGGAAAGUCACCUGCCUUCUGCAGCAACCAGCUUUUGGCGUCAUCUUCUCAGUGGCUGUUUCUUGUGUCUUGGCCAAAACCAUCACUGUGGUUGUGGCUUUCAUGGUUACUAAGCCAGGUUCUACAAUGAGGAAAUGGGUGGGGAAAAGAUUGGCCCUUUCCAUUGUCCUUUCUGCUUCUUUUCUUCAAGUAGCUCUUUGCACCCUGUGGUUGGCAACCUUUCCUCCCUUCCCUGACUUAGACAUGCACUCCCUUAUGGAAACCAUAAUUUUGCAAUGCAGUGAAGACUCCGUCCUCAUGUUCUAUUGUGUCCUGGUCUACCUGGGUUUCUUGGCUAUUGCCAGCUUCCUCGUGGCAUAUCUCGCCCGUAAUUUGCCUGACAGUUUUAAUGAAGCCAAGUUUAUUACAUUCAGUAUGUUGGCUUUCUGCAGUGUGUGGCUGUCCUUUCUUCCAAGAUAUCUCAGCAGCGGAAAAGCCAUGGUGGCUGUGGAGAUCUUCUACAUCUUGUCCUCCACUGCUGGGUUAUUGGGAUGCAUUCCCCCCGCCCAAAAAAAAUACUUCAUCAUGGUGCUGAGGCCAGAACUAAAUAGUAGGCACCAACUAAUAAAAUAA